AUGAAUAAUAAAAAAGAUGAAAUAAAUGAAUUUAUAUAUGAAUUUGAAGAUGAAUGUAAAAUUGAAUUUAUUGAUCCACAAUAUUUAUCACAAAUUAUAUUAGAUAAUGAUAAUUCUGCUCUAGAAUAUUUUUAUUUAAGUCCAUUUUAUCUGAAAAAUCGUAAUAAAGCAUUAAAUGAAUUAUUAAGAUCUGGUUUAUCAGUUGAUGAUUAUCAAGUUGGAUUAAUAUAUAAAGUAACAUAUAAUAAUUUGAAUGAAUUAUAUGAAGAUUCAUUAAAAUUUAAUACGAAUUCUUUUAAUAAAUCACAAUUUUAUAUCAUGUCAAGUAUAUUCCAUAUUACUCUUUAUUCUAGAAAUUUGGGACAUAAUGGUAUUGAAAAUACACCAAUCAAAGUAUAUUAUAUAUUACAAGGAUCAAUUUUUAUGUGUCCACCAUUUAGUACAUUAAUACGUACUAAAUUACAUCAAUAUAUUAAUUAUUUCGAAAAAUUUUAUGAUAGAAUAAAUGGAAUAUCAAAUUGGACAAUAAUGAAUGGAUAUGAUUGGAAUCCGAAACCAAGAAAUGUCAAUCCAGAAAUUGAACAAUUAGCAGAAAAAUAUAAUCUUUCUACUCGGAAUAAAGAAUAUACAACUGAUGGUAAUUAA